CAUGCUAAUAUGGUGGGCCAGACACGUUCUUGUCGAAUCCAAUUUAGCAGUCAAUACUGUCAGCAACGACAGGAGCAAUAUUAUAAAAUUAUCAGAAAAUAUAAGCAAAGAUAAAUAUUAAGAUUGUAGGUGAAGUUUGUAUGUACUUUUUAGUAUUUUCAAUCGGAUGGAUUUAAUAGUGUGAAAGAACUUAUACGUUAAAAAAGUAUAAUAAAAUAAUUACUAUGGAUGAUUGGGAAUCGGAAAAAAUCGAGUCCGAGUUCGAUCUUGGAAUACGUUCUAAUAAGUGGGAAGGCGAGGAUGAAGAAGAAGUCAUAGAAAGUUGGGAAGAUAUAAAUGAAGAAAAAAAAGACGUUGAAAAACCAGCAGAAGUUUUGAAGGUUAAAGCAAAGCCUAAGAAAAAUUUAUCUGAAAAAAUUGAAGAACGAGAGAAAAAAGAACGAGAAGAAGAAGAAAGAAAAGUAAAAGAAAAGGAUGAAGCCUUGACACCAGAAGAAAGAAGAGCUGAACUGCUCAGACGACAAAAAUUACAAGAAGAAGCAGAUCUCCGGCUUGCUAUGGAAACUUUUGGAGUAUCAGAAGUAUCAAUGGGUAUUGAUGCUAUGACACCGACGAAUGCCAACGAAUUUAAAGAAUUUGGAGAUGCAUUGAUAAUGAAAAUCAAUCAUUUUAAUAAACAUAUGGAUUAUCUAUUAUUUGCUGAAGAAUUAAUUAAAAACGUUGCUCUAACUCUUCCAGUAUCAUCUUUAAGAAAAGUAAAAACAAUAAUAGAAAGUUUGCAUACUGAAAAAAUAAAAAUGGAAAAAGAAAAAACAAAGAAGAAUAAAGGCAAAGGUAAAGCAACAUUAAGGAUUGAAGGUAAAACUGAUUAUAAUUUAAGUUCGUAUGAAAAUGAUUACGAUGACUUUAUGUAGCGACUCCGUACGAUUUUGUACAUUCUAAUUGCGUGCAAGUUUUUACAAUUUUACUAUACAUAUAUGUGCUAAAUUAAUUACAAAUUUUUAUUUGAAA